AAUCAACACGCGACAAAAUCCCGCACCGCCACUGUGGUUCUUUUGCGCAUGCGUAAAGCAAGGAGUCCUUGGCUGCGCUGGCUGCUGUAGGUGAACCGUACUGUUUCGGGACGCUGUCAAAAUGCAGACCUGGAACCAGCUUUAUCGUACCCUUGCAGCGCGAGGUCAGCACCUGCCCUGCAAACUGCACGGAGCCACAGCGAUAUCUCUGAGAACGUAUGCCGACAAAGCCGCAAUCGAUGCCGAUGUCACGGUGGUGGGCUCAGGACCAGGAGGGUAUGUCGCUGCCAUCAAAGCCGCACAGCUUGGUUUCAAAACGGUGUGCGUGGAAAAGAAUGCCACGCUUGGAGGCACCUGCUUAAAUGUGGGCUGCAUCCCAUCAAAGGCCCUGUUAAACAACUCUUAUCUGUAUCACAUGGCACAUGGAAAGGAUUUUGAAAGCAGAGGUAUUGAAAUCCAAGGGAUUUCGCUGAACUUGGAGAAGAUGAUGGCACAGAAGAGCGGUGCUGUCAAAGCCUUGACUGGAGGCAUUGCACACUUAUUUAAACAGAAUAAGGUCACGCAUGUCAAUGGGUUUGGAACUGUAACCGGGAAAAAUCAGGUCACUGCCAAGACAGCUGAUGGUGAGCAAGUCAUUAACACCAAAAACAUCCUUAUUGCCACAGGAUCAGAAGUCACCCCAUUCCCAGGCAUCGAGAUCGAUGAAGAAACUAUAGUUUCCUCUACAGGGGCUCUGUCCCUUAAUAAGGUCCCUGAGGAGCUGAUUGUUAUUGGAGCCGGAGUUAUCGGAGUGGAGCUGGGCUCGGUGUGGCACAGACUAGGCUCCAAAGUGACAGCGGUGGAAUUCCUGGGUCAUGUCGGUGGGAUGGGCAUCGAUAUGGAGAUCUCCAAGAAUUUCCAGCGCAUUCUCCAGAAACAGGGCAUGAAGUUCAAGCUCGGUACCAAAGUCCUGGGUGCCACCAGGAGGCCUGACGGAAAGAUCGAUGUGGCAGUGGAGGCCGCUGCUGGAGGCAAGAACGAGACGCUCUCUUGCGACGUGCUGCUGGUGUGUAUCGGCCGUCGCCCUUACACAAAUGACCUCGGCCUCGAGAACAUUGGUAUUGAGCUGGACAACCGUGGCAGGAUACCCAUCAACAACCGAUUCCAGACCAAAGUGCCCAGUAUUUAUGCCAUCGGUGACGUGGUGGCUGGUCCCAUGCUGGCACACAAAGCAGAGGACGAAGGCAUAAUAUGCGUCGAGGGAAUGGCAGGAGGAGCCGUGCACAUCGACUACAACUGUGUUCCUUCAGUCAUCUACACACACCCUGAAGUCGCGUGGGUCGGCAAGAACGAGGAGCAGCUCAAGGAAGAAGGUGUCCCGUACAAAAUUGGCAAAUUCCCCUUCGCUGCUAAUAGUAGAGCAAAGACUAAUGCUGAUACAGACGGCCUGGUGAAGAUCCUGAGUCACAAGGAGACUGAUAGAAUGCUGGGAGCUCACAUCCUUGGAUCGGGAGCUGGUGAGAUGAUCAAUGAGGCUGCACUAGCGAUGGAAUAUGGAGCAUCAUGUGAGGAUGUCGCAAGGGUCUGCCACGCCCACCCAACCGUUUCAGAGGCCUUCAGAGAAGCCAAUCUCGCUGCUUCAUUUGGAAAAGCUAUCAAUUUCUAGAUUAAAAGUUACACGUGUAUAUAAUUGUCGGCUUUAUAACUGGUUUCAGUACUUCAGCACAGCACACAUUUGAGAUCCUGAGCCCUUGAGUUUUCAGGAGAAAGCAUCAGGUGAAACUACAGUAAAACUGUAUACCAUUUAGUCUAUUAUUUAAAUGUUCUAAUAAAGGGGUUGGGUCUUAUACAGGUCUGAAAUUGUGUAAAUCCCAUUCGAGUGCGAUGUACUUGUGGUGUCAACACUCCUAGACAAAGCAGCAGCCGUAAUACACUAUAGGGAUGAAGUGGAAUUAAGAAAAGGUUCUUUAGUAUGGAUUUAUUUCUGAGAUCAUUUUAUCAAGUGCAGAAUGCAAGUGCAGUAGUUUGUGCUGAUUUCGAGUUGGGUAUGAAUGCUGGUAAGAUUUUGAAUCUUCUCAAUACCGUACUGCCAUAGUUAGACCCUUGAGCGUUAACCUUAACCAUAACCUUGUCUGCUCCAGAAACACUGUAUAAUGGUUGUCCCAGGGCUCUGACCCCACCACCUUCAAAGCGUAUGACUGGAAAAAAACACACGUUCAUUGUACUGCGUAUGUAUAACAUCAAUAAAGAAUGUCUUUCUAAUCUCA